AUGACUACACAAACAGAAACCUUGACAACUUUGAAGAUUUUGAUUGUUGGCGAAAGUGGAGUGGGCAAAUCUAGGUAGGAUAAUAUAAAUUUUGUCUUGUUUUUGCUUUUUGAACUGUUUCGAAAUUGGUAAACGUUAAUGUUUUGUCUGUUUUAGCUUGAUGCUGAGAUUUGUCGACGACACGUUUGAUCCAGAACUGUCAGCUACGAUUGGUAAGUUGUGUUUUCAUUAAUUUAUUUUGUUUUAGGCGUUGAUUUUCGCGUAACUACGAUGAAUAUCGAUGGGAACAGUGUCAAAUUGGCUAUCUGGGACACGGCUGGUCAGGAACGGUUCAGAACGUUGACUCCUAGUUAUUAUCGUGGAGGACAAGGGAUUAUUUGUGGUAAGAGAGUUGUUUUGAUGGAUAACGUUAUUAAAAAGAUGUAUAACUAGUUUAAUUUGAGUAUUUAUAAGUAAAAACAGGUGUAGUUUUACGGCAAAUUUAAUGUGUAAUUUAGUAAAAGGUUUUAUUUUACGUAAUAAUUACGAUUUUAAUUUGUUUUUAAUAAAAAACUGAUAAUAUCUGGCAAUCAGGUGUAGCACCUAAAAAAAUCUGUUUUGACUACGUAACUUGUAAAUAUAACUUCAAUCCUUUUAGUAUACGAUGUCACAAACCGAGCGACAUUUGACAAGUUGGAACACUGGAUUCUGGAAGUUGAUACAUAUAGUACCAAGUCAGAUUGCAUAAAGAUGUUGGUCGGAAACAAGAUUGAUUCUGCUGCUCGAGAUGUCUCGACUGAAGAAGGGCUUGUUUUUGCUCGAAAACAUCGUAUGUUGUUCAUUGAAGCUAGUGCCAAGACGAGAGAAGGUGUACAGUGUGCAUUUGAAGAGCUUAUUGAGAAGGUAAGUGAACAAGGAGUAAAGGGUCAUUGGUAAUAUAAAAUUAGCUGUUUUUGUGAGAAAAUGGGUUUUAUAUGGCUUUAUAUUUUUGGGAGAGAUAGCUUAGAGUCUUUAGAAGAUAACUUGAGUGGUCGGUUAUUAUUAAAAGAGGUAAAAUAUAUUUUAUUGAGCAAAAAACUUGAGUAAGAUCAUCACUUAUGGGUUCAUAAUAUAAAUCUUUAGAUUUUAUGUUGAUUUCGGGAUUUUUUUUAAAUUUUUUAAAUACUUUCGCUAAAAAAUGUGUGUUGAUUUAGUGUGUUACACGUUUUUUUCGGUCUACAUGAACCUUGUUUCUGUGUUCUUCAACGUUUAGUAGUUUUUUUGCUUAAAAAUAAGUUUUUUAUGUUCAGAAGAGCACGACAGAGCUAAUGAAAUUAAGUAAUUUCUUAACAAAAACGAAAUAUUCGGUAGUUUUUGUGAUUAGUCAUGAUUAGGUUAAAACAGCUAAAGAAAUAACAGAUAAAAGAGAAGUAGUAUAAGAUUAUCUUUGUGAAAUACUUUAACAUAAUGUAAGUUAAGUCAAUUUUGACUAAUUUUUUGAUAAAAAUUAAGUUUUGGGCAUAUUGUUCAUGAUGAAAAAAGUGAAAAACUUGUGAAAUUAACCAUAAAAUGAGCUUACUUGUUACAGUGUAUAAGUAUUGAUUAAGAGGCACAAAUAUUGUAGUAUCGAGAGUGAGACGAAGAAAAAGCAUCGAAAGUCUUGUCUUUUAGGUUUUUAUUUUCAUAUAGCGGGAAAAUUGAUAAAAUUCAUGUUGUUUUGUAUUAUAUUUGGUUUUAGCUGGUUCAUUUUGUUUUUAUGGGGUUUGAAUUAAUCUUUUGAGUUAAAGCUGGGAAUUUUAUAGGUUUUAAUGUAGUCUUUAGUUUGAAGUCAAGUUUAUGGCUUGAAAACAAGCCUAUGCCUUGAAAUUAAGUCUAUGGCAAUUAGGGAGGUAUUAUAAUUUUUUUGAAAUUUUUAAAAAAGUCAAAAACUUUAUUUUGAUCAAAACAUUGUUGUAGAUUCUGCAAACCCCGGGUCUUUGGGAAGGAAACCAAGGCGGCGUACAGCUGCGGAAUUUCACUGACGAAGAUUCACCACAAUGGUGUAAUUGUUGA